CUUCCACUUCUUUUGAUUGCGCUGUCAAGCCUUUCAAGCAAUUCCAACUCUCGCACUUGUCUAGCAUCUCAAAUUGAAUCAAACAGCAGACCGAACCGAUUCUUUUGUCCGCACCAAAGUCACCAUGGCUCCCCGUUCUCAGCUGGAGAUCACUACCCAAUCUGUCCUGCGCCUGGUCAAGGAAGAGGCGUCCUACCACAACGAGCUGAAGGAGCAGACCGACCGGGUUCAGCGACUGGAGUCCCAGGAGAACACCGACGACGAGAACAAGGAAUAUACCCUGCGACAAGAGCGUCUCGCCCUCGAGGAGACCAAGAAGGUCCUGCCUACGCUGAAGCAGAAGAUCGAUGAUUCGAUAGCCAAGCUGGAGUCUCUGCUGACCGAGGAGGGCCAGAAGGGUCCCGAGAGCAACGUUGAGCUGAUCAAUGCGGCCAAGGAGGCCAUCGCCAAGGCCAGGACUGCUGAGCGGGAGAUUGCGUGAGAAGGUGUCGAAAGAGCUGAUGGCUCAGCAAAAAGAGUGUUUCAAUUCAUGAAAAUGUAAUCCGCUGCCAUGAGUCCAU